ACACAGAAGUCAGGCCGAAGCCAGCAGUGCACGAGGAUCUUUCUUCUCCGUUUCCUAUCAUUCCCCUCUCUCUCUCUCUCUCUCUCUCUCUCUCUCACACAUCCGGCCUUCAAAACAUUUACUAAAAGGAAAAAGAAAAGGAGACUUCGAUCCAACCCUCUUUUUGUUUGGAUCUCUUUCCGUUAUCUCAGCUUUUGAACCUACACACCCUUCAAAUCUGUCCAUUCUCGCCGCGGUUUCAGAAAAAGAAACCCUGGAAUUUUGAUUCUUCUUGCUCAGAACAAUUAUUCUGGUCUGCUCAAAAUACUUGAGAGGAUCUGGGCGUUGGUACUGUGAAGCAAAUCAGCAAGGUGGGGAAACACAAAAUGAUGCCAACAUUUGCACAUUACGGCUUAUGGACAUUUCGGUGGAUCAAUCAAUGUUGAGACCCUUCUAAUGGCACACAUCUAAUUAGUGUGAGCUAUGCAGAGGCAGCUUGUCUGUAGUGGAUGCAGGAGCAUUCUUCUUUAUAGUGGAGGAGCUACUAAUGUUUGUUGUGCAUUAUGCAAUGCAAUAACCUCAGUCCCUCCUUCCGGGACGGAAAUGGCUCGACUCAUAUGUGGACGUUGCAGGACAUUGCUGAUGUAUACAUGUGGGGCAACGAGUGUGAGAUGCUCCUGCUGCCAUACAGUGAACCUUGCACCAGUAUCCAGCCAGGUUGCCCAUGUUAGUUGCGGGAACUGCCGGACAACGCUCAUGUAUCCAUAUGGAGCUCCAUCUGUUAAAUGUGCAGUCUGUCAUUAUGUGACUAACGUUGGUAUUGCCAGUGCCAGGGUUCCAAUUCCUGUGCACAGACCUAAUGGGACAGCCAACUCUGGAACAAUGCCCUCCACUUCAACUAGCCAAACGGUGGUGGUCGAGAAUCCAAUGACUGUUGACAAAAGUGGCAAAUUGGUGAGCAAUGUUGUUGUGGGGGUCACAACAGACAAAAAGUAAUUCAAUGACAUUCAGAGAACCAUUGCUGCUGUCUUUAUUUGCAAGAAACAAUCCAAGUCCAUAUUACGCAUCAAUUGGAAGAUGGAAAUGUGAGAUUAUUUGUGUAUAUGUUGGGUAUUGCCACGAUUGACAUUAAUUCGAGAAAAUAUUUCCAAUAUAUAGUUCCUGAGAACUUAUACGUGUGAUGUAUUAUAUAUUAAGAGUAUAAGAAGAGAGAAAAGGUUCUUGUGCUACUACUCCCACACCGAACAUUCUUUGCCACAUUUAGCCGAGUGAACGUGCUUUUGAGGUGUAUGUAUCUUAUUCAGAUGCAAAAUAAUGUAGAAAACUGCUAUUUUUUGUGACUGAGAAUUUCUUUCUUGGGUAAGCGAUUAAUUUGCUUUCACCUGAUA